GAAGCCUCUCGCCGUUGUUUUGCCUCAGUGUUUUUAUUCACUCGCCUCAGAUGACAGGGACGGUAGUAACACUGUCAUAGCGGCGCAUCUGUAAUGGACACCAACAUCAUGAACGUGGGGACGGACGACGGGCCAUAUCAGAAUGGCCACAAAGACGUGGAUCCCCAGAGCACAGAAGAUGAGCCGCUCCUCAGAGAAAACAAAAGAAGAUUUGUCAUCUUUCCCAUCCAGUACCCAGACAUCUGGAAAAUGUACAAACAGGCCCAGGCCUCCUUCUGGACAGUAGAAGAGGUGGAUUUAUCAAAGGAUCUUGUUCACUGGGAGAAACUGAAGCCUGGUGAGAGACACUUCAUAUCACACGUCUUGGCUUUCUUUGCAGCGAGUGAUGGCAUUGUCAACGAAAACCUGGUGCAGAGGUUCAGUCAGGAGGUUCAGCUUCCGGAGGCUCGUUCUUUCUAUGGAUUCCAGAUCCUCAUAGAGAGUGUGCACUCAGAGAUGUAUAGCAUGCUGAUCAACACCUAUAUCAGGGAUCUAAAAGAGAGAGACUAUUUGUUUAAUGCCAUUGAGACCAUGCCUUGUGUGAAAAGAAAAGCAGACUGGGCUCUGCAGUGGAUCUCUGACAGAAACUCCACCUUUGGGGAGAGAUUGAUAGCAUUUGCAGCAGUUGAAGGCAUCUUUUUCUCUGGGUCGUUUGCUGCCAUCUACUGGCUGAAGAAAAGAGGUUUGAUGCCUGGACUUACAUACUCAAAUGAGCUCAUCAGCAGAGAUGAGGGUUUGCACUGUAAUUUCGCCUGCCUUAUGUACAGUUACCUGGUGAAGAAACCGUCGGCUGACAGAGUGAGGGAUAUCAUCACUAAAGCAGUGAGCAUUGAACAGGAAUUUCUAACCGAAGCUUUACCAGUUGACCUCAUCGGGAUUAACUGCUCUCUAAUGAAGCAAUACAUCGAGUUUGUGGCUGACCGGCUGUUAACAGACUUAGGAAUGCCAAAGGUUUACAAAGCAGAGAACCCCUUCGAUUUCAUGGAGUCCAUUUCACUGGAAGGAAAAACCAACUUCUUUGAGAAACGAGUGGCUGAGUACCAGCGGUUUGGAGUGAUGUCAAACACAAUGGACAGUGAAUUCACUCUUGAUGCAGAUUUCUAACGCUUUACAGUGUUGUCUGAAAGACUACUUAAGGAGAACACAUCUAUUGAGAUGAAGUGAAAGUAUUUAGUUCACAAAAUGCGGUUUAUUUACGUUACUCCAGAAAAAGUAUUUUUGUUUUGCCUUUUUACAUUUUUGUGAGUUAACUUACAGCUCUGAGGUUCUAUAUUUAUUUGGAUAUCUGGCAGAGUGUACACAGUCUGAUGUCUAAAUACCAAGAAUGUAAUUGUAAAACUGAUUCUACAGCCAUGAAAAAUUCUAGGGUUUAAUUUGGUGAAAUAUUAAUUUUGUGUGUAGUAUUAUAGGCCAAUGUAGCUGAACAGUGAUACUUGACUGCAAAUGGACAGUUUAGUCAUUUAAAAACAAACAAACAAAGUAUUUUACUGGUUUUAUUGUAUACAUUUUAAGUAAAAUUAGUUUCAACUACCUCAGUCUGUGUUAUCAAAUGCAGACAUACUUUAAGAAGUGUUAUUUGUUUAUAUGUUUAAAUUAUAAAAUAAUAGGUCUAAAAAGAGUCUAAAAUGACUAAUCAAAUGUAAUUUUUUAAGAAACACCCUCAGAAUUAGGAUUUUGCUUAAUUUACGUUGACCCUGCUACCCAGUGUUGAUUUUUUGUUUGUUUUACAGGAAAAUAAUAGAAUCAUGCCUGAUUUGUGUAUUUAUUUGUUUCUAUGUUACUGUACUGCCCUGCUGGUGUUGGAAUUUCUUUACCACUGCUUCAUAGUAAAUCUUUGAUUUUA